UUUCAGGUGUGCGACUGGCCAGAAAACGCUGGAUGUGCCAACGCCGGCAGCCAAGAAAGUGGACCUGGUUCCAGUUCCGAGACUGGAAGCCAAGAAAGCAGUGAGGGAAGUGGAGACAGCAAUGAAAACCGUAGCGAUGAGGAAACUAACAACAGUAGCGAAGAAACCACUACUACCGCUGCCCCUGAAACUGAUGCCACCACCCCUGAACCUAUAACUUUGCCUACUGAAGCACCAGAAAUAGAACUGUUGCCUAACGGAUGCCCAGCUGACUUCGAUGUCCAUCAACUGUUGCCUCAUGAAAAUGACUGUACCAAGUUCUACUACUGCGUCUUUGGAGAGAAGGUCGAGAGGGAUUGCAGCCCUGGCACUCAUUUCAACCCAUCUUUACAGGUAACUUGAACAACAGGUAUUUUUUAACUGCUUUGAAUAACGGACGUGAAAGAAUUCGUAAUCCUUAUAUAACACAAACGGGUCUUUAUUGUUUCCAUUAAUGUUUUUGUUUAGUUAAACAUAGUUCAACUAUUUUUACAAGCUUUUAUUUAACUUACACUGUACCUAUGUAUGUAACUAUGUAUGUUUGUACGCGUCAAAUCUUGCAAGUUAAAUUUGACCCACGUCCCGGUUGAACCUAAAAAUGUGCAUACAUAUGUAAGUCGGGUGACAAUGCAAUAUUAUGGUACCAUCGAGAUGAUCUGAUGAUGGUCAGGAGGUGGCCAUGGGAACUCUGUGAUAAAACAACGCAACCUAAUUGUGUUUAGGGUUUUUAGAAUUGCACUAUUUUUUUAGAAUUGAACUAGAAUUAGUUGCAUGUGGAAAGAAAAGUACAGUCAGCGACAAAAGCUUGUACCAAAAAUGAAAUUUUUGCCAAAAACUUAUUUAAUGUCAUUCUGUCUCUGGCCCGUCAGUAGGACACAACAAUUAAUACAGUUUUAUAGAAACAAAUCGGUAUCCAACCACUGUCUACAUGCUCAGUAGAUGGUCCACAAAGUAUAGAUGGCUCUUAUGCUGAA